AUGGUGGAUUGCGUCCCAGCGCCUUUACACGCCACGGAACUUCACAUCGCGAAUGUUGAUCACAGCGAGGAGAACGUCAUUCACAUUCCGAACUGCAUAGAGUCGCAGGACAUCUCGACCAUGUACUUCUCCGAUUUCGAACACACCACUUUCAUAGAGGAACCGUAUUGUUUCGACAUUCUGUACGAGCGAACCACUCGCCAAAGUAUUCCCAUUGUCGUGUACUGUAAAUCGAUGAGAGACAGGCCAUUCGAAUUGAGUACAAUAAGUGCAACGAAGAGAAUGUUGAAUAUCAGCAGAUGUUGCUCGUAUGAUACGGUUUUUAACAUAAACAAGGGGAAAUGCGAGCCGAGAUUCGAUCAUGUUUCGAACUACUCUUUGUCCACGAUUAUGCAACAAGGAUUCUUGGCGGAGAUUAUUCUAAACGUUCACAGAGGCAUGCCAAACUGUUCAGGAUCGAUCUUCACUUACGAAAUCGACGUGGAAGACAUCACUCUUACGCAAAAACAUCUACAGGUGACACUGCCGACGGACAAAAACGGAAGAACGGAGAGUUUCACGAUCACCAAGGACAACUCGUGUCUGGAGUUGACGACAGAUUCCAAGACGAAAGGGCGGCUCGUGGUUCGUGUAUGUCGAGACACGGAAUUCUGCUGGGCAAACGGCUGUAUAAACAAGUGUUGCACAGAGGGCCAUUUCCUGAACAGCCGGAAUUGUACGAGAAAUUACGAGUCCGUGCCGGAGAAGAAUCUUUACGAAAACCUAGCGAACAUCACCGGCAGAUCGUUGAACGCUGCAGAUUACGGGCUGAAGAGUAAACUGAGCUGUCCAAAUGCGAAAUUUGAGUUGAACUUGCUUGAAAUAAAGAAUAUAACGGUUGAAGGAUACAUUCAACUGGCUUACGAUGCCGACGAUUUGAAACACAACCAGUACUGCAUAGACGUAUCCAGAAACGGCACAGGAUUCGAAACUCUAAGUGCUUUCGUCUGUUUCCCGGAAGAAGUGCAAAAUAUUACCAGAUUCAUAAUUACCAGCAUCCUGACAGGAAUCAGCUGUGUUUUCCUGCUGUUGACGUUAAUUGUUUACGCUUGCUUACCCUCGCUUCAAAAUUUGCACGGUAAAACACUGAUGUGCCACGCUGCCAGUCUUUUCCUGGCUUACCUCUGCCUUUGCAUGGUAUCUUGGCUAUCACCGUCCAAGACCAUGAUGGAAAAUGGAUACGAGAACUUGUUCUGCUCGGCACUGGGAUUCACCAUGCUCUUCGCUUUUCUGUCAGCUUUCUCCUGGUUGAACGUUAUGUGCUUCGAUAUAUGGCGGACAUUUGGGAGGUUACAAGGCAACAUAACCAGGAGCCGUAGCCACAACAAGAAAUUCUUGUUGUACUGUUUAUACGCAUGGGGCCUGCCUAUAUUCAUCACCCUCUUCGGCAUCCUCAGCGACCAGCUCGAUUUUCUACCGCAAAAUCUGCGGCCUGAUUUCGGCACGACAACCUGCUGGUUCUCAACUUUGCCGGGUUUCUUCGGUGAAAUGGUUUUCUUCACGGUGCCGGUUGCGGUCCAGCUGACAACGAACGUGGUGUUCUUUAUUCUCACGGCAGAGCAGUGUAGCAAGGUGAAAGCCGAGAUAAGCAGGGUUGUCGACCCAUUGGAUCCUAGGAGCAGACGAUUUCACGCUGACAAAACUAAGUUCAUCAUGAACGUGAAGCUGUUCGUCGUCAUGGGUAUAUCCUGGAUCGCGGAGAUCGUCUCGUCUUUCGUGAAUCGGUACAGCAAUUACAACUGGCGGGAGGAGUUAUUCUACGCGACGGACGGUAUAAAUUGUCUUCAAGGACUUCUGAUAUUUCUCUUGUUCGUGAUGAAGCGUCGCGUUCAUCAGGCGUUGAAGAAACGGCUCGGAUUCGACACGAAGAAGAAGUCCGACAGUAAGGGGACAUCGACGAUUCACGAUCCGUGUAAAAUGAAAAAAUGCGCCAGUAACAGCACUUUAACGUGCAGCUUCGCUGUUAGCGGAACACCUUGA